AUGUCGGAGGAGAUCAAGGACGACUUCGACGCGUUCGACGACGAGCCGACGUCGGACGUGAAGCUUACGCCCCGGUCGCUGCUCGCGGUCGUCCGCGCCGCGGAGGAGGGAACGCCGACGGAGAGCCUCGCGGACGCGGUCGCGAAGUUGAAGACCGACGUCGCCACGCUCGAGGCCGAGGCCAAGGCCGCGAUCGAGGAGGACGGCGACGGCGCGACGCCGGCCGCGAAGGCGCCGCCCGCCGCGAAGGAGGCGCCGUCCAAGAGUUUAGGGCUGAGCGCGGAGGGCGAGGUCCAGGCCAUCGGCGUCGCCAUGGAUCUCUCGUCGAUCCUGUACGGGUACCAGACUCGAACCGCGCGCGUGUUCUACAACGCCGAGAGCGCGUCCGCGUCGAAGACCGCGGCGGAGAUCCGCGAUCAGCUCGACGACGCGACGAUGGGUCUGAAGCGCAUCAACGUGGAGAUGAUCGGCACGCUGUCCGCGGACGCGUCCGCGGUGUUCGAAACCUUGAGAGACGCCAAGCCGGAGCCGGGGGGCGCCGUCGUCCUCGUGGACGACGACCCCGAGCGCAUCGCAUGGGUCACCGCGCGCGUGGGGUUAGACGGGGUGGAGGCGAGCGCGUUCAAGCACGCGACCGGGGCCGUGUGCGAGUACGACGAGAACGGGUCGUUCGCGCGAUCGAGGAUCGUGUCGCACGAGUAA